AUGCCUGAACUUUCCAAUUCUGCAACACACACGUCUUAUGCCACCUAUGGUCAAUUUGCUCUGGAAUUGUCUGAUAGUUCUGGUUCUAGAUCUCGUGUCAUUGAUCUUUUGGCUGGAAAAUUGGAUAUAAGAGAAGCAAGCUCUGGAUCUUCAGCUGAUGUGAGGUGUUUCCAGUCUAGAGCUGGUGUCAGCUACUUCUCAUACCUUUUCCUUGGCUCUCUAGGAGCUAGAACAUUGGUUAAAUCCCCCGUGCACAAUGAGCAGGGUACUGCUGAUAAGUUGCUGGGUAGUAUCUUAUACUUUGUCUGCUCCAGGCUUCUUGGUUAUGAAGGUGUAGAAGUCAUAAAUCCUGAGGGUGGCAAAGAAGACGCACAGGAGGAAGCUCAGAGAGGAAGAUGGAAGGAGGAGGAGCGAGACAGUUACUGGAAAAUGAUGCAAAAGUAUAUAGGCUCAGAUGUCACAUCGAUGGUGACACUUCCUGUUAUUAUAUUUGAACCAAUGACUAUGCUUCAGAAAAUGGCCGAGUUAAUGGAAUACUCCUACUUGUUGGAUCGGGCAGAUGAGUGUGAAGAUCCCUACAUGCGUUUGGUGUAUGCUUCAUCGUGGGCUAUAUCUGUUUAUUAUGCCUACCAAAGAACAUGGAAACCUUUCAAUCCCAUUCUUGGAGAGACUUAUGAGAUGGUUCAUCAUGGUGGGAUUACAUUUAUUUCUGAGCAGGUGAGCCAUCAUCCACCAAUGAGUGCUGGCCAUGCAGAAAAUGAGCACUUUGCUUAUGACGUGACUUCAAAGUUAAAAACUAAAUUUUUGGGGAACUCGGUGGACGUUUACCCUGUUGGAAGAACACGUGUAACCCUUAAAAGAGAUGGUGUAGUCCUAGAUUUGGUGCCACCGCCAACCAAGGUUAACAACCUUAUUUUUGGACGAACUUGGGUUGAUUCACCAGGAGAGAUGAUCAUGACAAAUUUGACUACUGGGGACAAAGUUGUGCUGUAUUUUCAACCAUGUGGCUGGUUCGGAGCUGGAAGAUAUGAGGUGGAUGGAUAUGUUUAUAAUGCAGCUGAAGAACCAAAAAUAUUGAUGACAGGGAAGUGGAAUGAGAUGAUGAGCUAUCAACCAUGUGAUAUGGAAGGGGAACCCCUUCCAGGCACAGAGUUGAAGGAGGUUUGGCAUGUUGCUGAUAUUCCUGAGAAUGACAAAUUUCAGUACACACAUUUUGCUCAUAAAAUUAACAGCUUUGAUACUGCCCCUACGAAGUUGUUAGCAUCAGAUUCUCGUUUGCGUCCUGAUCGAUAUGCUCUUGAGCAGGGUGACCUAUCCAAAUCUGGUGCAGAAAAGCACAAUUUGGAGGAGAGACAGAGAGCUGAGAAAAGGAAUCGGGAGGCAAAGGGCCAUCAGUUUAAACCAAGAUGGUUUGAUUUAACUGACGAAGUUACACCCACACCUUGGGGUGAAUUGGAGGUUUACCAGUACAAUGGGAAGUACACUGAACAUCGAGCUGCUAUUGAUAGCUCAGACAACAGCGAUCACAUUGAUGUCAAAUCAAUUGAGUUUAACCCAUGGCAAUAUGGUAAUCUAUCUGCUGAAUGAGGUAUUUAUUUUCUCAUGAAUGUUUGAUGGAUUUUGCAGUUAGACUAUAGAACUUUUCGGUGUUAUACGUGGAAGUGAUAAGUUGUUUGUUGGCAUGUGUUCAUUGUAUCUUAUUCCAUUAAUCAUAGUUUAAUUAUUUAUAGGAA